GUUGAACCACAUGGAAUGACUACCCGUUCUGAAAAACCCUACUUAAUACCAUUUCUUUUCUUCGCAAAGCCCCUUCUGCCUCCCUCCCACAGCGUCUCCACUCCUUCAGAUCCCAGGAAAAACACAAUGCCGUUCAGGAGGUUUGUGGAGAUUGGAAGAGUGGCGCUUGUGAACUAUGGGAAGGAGUAUGGAAGACUUGUUGUCAUUGUCGAUGUUGUCGACCAGAAUAGGGCUCUUGUUGAUGCCCCUGAUAUGGUGAGGACGCAAAUGAACUUAAAGAGGCUUUCACUCACUGAUAUUAAGAUUGACAUCAAGAGGGUUCCAAAGAAAAAGACUCUGGUUGAGGCCAUGGAGGCUGCUGAUGUGAAGAACAAAUGGGAGAGCAGUUCCUGGGGAAGGAAGUUGAUUGUGCAGAAGAGAAGGGCCUCACUUAAUGAUUUUGAUAGGUUCAAGAUAAUGUUAGCAAAAAUCAAGAGGGCUGGAAUUGUCAGGCAGGAGCUUGCAAAACUCAAAAAAGAAAGUGCAGCCUAAGAUGGUUCAAUUUAAUAUGGUUUUGUUGGAUCUUGUUUGAACUAGUUCUUGGUUUGUUCUCAUCUAUGUUUUAAUUAGUUGCGUGAACCAAUUAGCUGGUGUUUGUGUCGUGGAUAUUAUGAGAAGUUUGACCUCUAGGAACUAUUAAUGAAUUAUAUGCACUUUUUUUUUUCUUUAUCAAAA